AUGGCAAAAAAAAUAAGGCGGCAAAAAAAUGGCAAAAAAAUAAGGCGGCAAAAAAAUGGCAAAAAAAUAAGGCGGCCAAAAAACGGCAAAAAAAUAAGGCGGCCAAAAAACGGCAAAAAAAUAAGGCGGCCAAAAAACGGCAAAAAAAUAAGGCGGCCAAAAAACGGCAAAAAAAUAAGGCGGCCAAAAAACGGCAAAAAAAUAAGGCGGCCAAAAAACGGCAAAAAAAUAAGGCGGCCAGAAAAACGGCAAAAAGACAACACAAUAAAAAAAACAACAAAAUGCAGCGAAGAAAUGCAAAGUGAAAAAACACGCGGUUGUUUACGCAGCAAGCACGCGGACACAAAAUCAGCGCGUGGAAACGUGUAG